CUUAUAAUCCGAUUUUGGUAAAUAACUAUUUCCAACUUGACAAUUUAAAACAGACUUUUCAAGUACUUAAAUAUUAUUUAAUGGAUGAAAAUGGAAAAUUUUAUAAUCCCGAUCCACGCAGUAAUAUCAUUUUGAAUCCAUUCAAUUUGAAUUGGUAUUUUCUCCAUCACAAUUAUUGUGAAGAGACAUCUACAAUAAUUAGUCUUGGACAGUUUAUUUGUGAAAAUGUAUGUAUAGCCAAAAACGGACCACACCUAAAAUCGGGUCAAGUUCUAAUUGUUCAAGGCGACUCUGUAGUAAUACGAUCAGCUAAGCCUUAUUUGGCCACCCCAGGAGCAACUGUUAAUGGCCAUUAUGGGGAAAUCCUUUAUGAAGGAGAUAUAUUAGUUACAUUUAUAUAUGAAAAAUCGAGAUCUGGUGAUAUAACACAGGGUCUUCCAAAAGUGGAACAGGUGUUAGAGGUGCGUUCGAUUAAUUCAAUAGCAAUGAAUCUCGAAAAGAGGGUUGAGGGUUGGAACGAAUGUAUAACAGGAAUUCUUGGAAUUCCUUGGGGAUUCUUGAUUGGUGCUGAGCUAACUAUAGUGCAAAGUCGUAUAUCUUUGGUUAAUAAGAUCCAAAAGGUUUAUCGAUCUCAGGGGGUGCAGAUCCAUAAUAGGCAUAUAGAAAUUAUUGUACGUCAAAUAACAUCAAAAGUAUUGGUUUCAGAAGAUGGAAUGUCUAAUGUUUUUUCACCCGGAGAACUAAUUGGAUUGUUACGAGCGGAACGAAUGGGACGUGCUUUGGAAGAAGCGAUCUGUUACCGAGCCGUCUUAUUGGGAAUAACAAGAGCAUCUCUGAAUACUCAAAGUUUUAUAUCUGAAGCGAGUUUUCAAGAAACUGCUCGAGUUUUAGCAAAAGCAGCUCUCGGGGGUCGUAUCGAUUGGUUGAAGGGCCUGAAAGAGAACGUUGUUCUGGGGGGGAUGAUACCCGUUGGUACCGGAUUCAAAGGAUUAGUGCACCCUUCAAGGCAACAUAACAACAUUCCCCUGGAAACCAAAAAGAAGAAUCUAUUUGAGGGGGAAAUGAGAGAUAUUUUGUUCCACCACAGAAAAUUAUUGGAUUCUUGCCUUUCAAAGAAUUUCCAUGAUAUAUCAAACAAUCAUUUAUAGGGUUUAAUAAUUCCUAAGAGCGGAUUCGUCCUUUUAACUAUCUGUAUUUGGUCCGUCCAUUUUAUUUGGUAAUAAAGAUAAUAAUGAAUAGAAAAGAAUAAUGUGUAUCUACGGCCAAUCUACGGUAGAAGAGAAGGUUCCAUCGGAACAAUUAUUUAUUUCGGGGUACCUCGUCUCUUUUUUUUUUUCAAAAAAAAAAAA